AAAAUAAACUCAGGCAAGCUUUCAGCGAGGAGCGUAUAUUCGAAACCCCGUUCUCGUGUUGGAUGGAGACGAGAACAGGGUCCCAAAUGACGGGGAGCCAACUCGUGAACUUACUCCCCAACACCCCCAGCACCAUAUCCCCCUCCCCUUUUUAUGUUAAUGAGGCCGGGUUUCCGGUAGAAGAAACCUGUAUUUAGCACGGAUGAAAUCCCCCUUCCUCCACUGUAACACCCUCCACCCCCCCCCCCCAAAGAUGAGAACCCUGGCUAAGCCGCUGGUGGGGAGCACGACUACCAGUGCUAGUGCGAAUACGAGUACCGGCACGCGAAUGCAAGCACAAGAACACUGCAUAAAAUGUGAUUUGUACGUUUACAACGUUGUAAUUGAUUGUGCGAAAUUAGGUACAACUCAAAUUGGAGUUACAACUCCACAAUCAGACAUUGCAGUUGACGAGCCAUCGACGGGAGUAUGUAGCAUCUGCUGCGGCGGCUCGGUCCGGACUUUUGACGGUCUGUCCUACAACGUCCCGCUCAUGUGUCGACACAUCAUGGCGCAUUUCAGCAGCGAAGACGAUUCUUUUACCGUGGACAUCGUCCCCAAUUACACUUGCGAUGGGGCUUCGGAGGAAUGUCGCAGCGCUGUAAAUAUCACGACUGGGGCCAGCCAUGAACUAUUGGUGAUAGACUUGCUCCCCGGCGGAGUCGUCCAAGCAAAUGGCAGGAUCGUCGAAAUGCCAUUCCACAGUACCACUAACAGCAAGGUCUACAAAGAAGGAAUUUACGUUGUAUUCCUUUCUAUGGAUGGAACGGUGAAGGUGUCUUUUGACGGCAGCAACAGAGUAGUCAUGGCAGUCGAUCGACUCUUCCACGGCGCCAACGGUCAGGAAAACACCAUGAGAGGUUUGUGCGGUACCUUCGACAACAACGCCGGAAACGAUCUGAAGGGGAUGACGGUGGCCGAGUUCGCCAAUCUCUACAGGGGACCGUUUGGUCAGUGUUCCGCACCCCUGAAAACCAGCGAUCUCAACCCAUACGAGAGUCUGACCCCGAACCAGCAAGAAAACGUGACAAGGAUCUGCGAAGAGUUCGCCACCAGCCCUCGCUUCAGCGGGGGCAGACAGCGCGUUCGGGUGCAGUCGUUUCGCAACUCCUGCAGGUUCUCCAUGUCGCUCUGUCACCGCGAUCGAUCACAAUGCGACAUCUGCGCAGUGUACUCCGACUACGGGGAGGCAUGCUCGAGACGGGGCGUUAUAACCAAUUGGAGAUCACGCGACUUCUGCGGUAUACAAUGCAGUAACGGCAUGGAGUACAAUGAGUGUGGGUCGGCGUGUCCUCGGACCUGUGAGAACAUGUUCUUUUCUGGUGUCUGCGAUAAACGUUGCAUUCCCGGUUGUCAGUGCCCGGAUGGAACUUAUUUUGACGGUGCCACAUGCGUUCUCAAAGAAAACUGCCCUUGUCGUCAUGGUGGGCAGCUGUUCUCGGCCGGUACUACUGUGAGGGACACCUGUAGAGAGUGUAUAUGCAUGGAAGGCAGGCUCAGUAACUGUAAGAACAUCUCCUGCCCGGCUACGUGCACCAUUUAUAGAGGGCGCUCUUUCACCACAUUCGAUGGGACCAGCUACGAGUUUGAUGGCAAUUGCGAAUACGUGCUUGUCCAGAGCCUGGGCAGGGACAUCGCCACCUUUAGCAUAUUCAUGGAUAAGACGGGUUGCAAGGGCAACAAGCUGCGCUGCAAUUCGCCUCCCGGCAUCAGCGUCAGGUCUCCAGACGGUUCUCUUUUUGAACUCAACAGUCAAGGUGAAGUCACUGUGAGUAUCAACAACCAGCCAAAGGCGAGGAUGGAUUUGCCGUACGAAAGAUUUGCUGUGAACGGCGCAAUCUCGAUAAGGCGUGUGUCCUCCACCUUCACUUUGGUGAAAAUGCCGGAGCAGGGAAUUGAGCUUCUGCUCGGCAUGGAUAACCGCAUCUAUGUGACUGCAGCUGAAACCAUGCUUGGCAAGGUGCAUGGUCUUUGCGGAAACUUCAACAGGAAGAAUGUUGAUGACUUCCAGCUCCCCUCGGGGUCGACUGUAGGAGUGCCGAACCUGUUCGCCCCGAAAUGGAACGCCAAUGCUGAGUGUACUGAGGGCAGCCUCGGGAACGGCGAAGACUUCUGUGAACUCGAGCCGACUUAUCGUGCCUGGACCAACUCCGUCUGCCGUAUACUGAAGCAGGCUCCCUUUUCGGAGUGUUUCUACAAAGUGGAGACCGUGAAGUUCUACAAACAGUGCUUGAGCGACGGAUGCACGGACUCGGCGGCGGGAGCGACGUGCUUGGCCUUCGCUGCUUAUGCCCGAGAAUGUGCUAAAAUGGGUGUUGUCAUUGACUGGAGGAGCCAGCAUCUGUGUUCCGCUGAUUGUCCUAAUGGCAAGGUGUACAAAGAGUGUGGUUCAAUGUGCAACGUGACCUGCCACGAUCUGACAAGUGCUUCUGAGUGUGAAGAACAAUGCAUCCAGGGAUGCCGGUGCCCCGAUGGAAAGGUUUUCAGUGACGAAGAAAACAAGUGCGUAGCCGUAUCGGAAUGCCCUUGUCAACGUAACGGGAGGACGUUUCAACCUGGCAAGGAUUGGUGGGAGUCUUGCAAUCAAUGCGUGUGUACAAAUGGUAUCGCCAAAUGUUCGCAAAGAACCUGCCCAGACCGCAUUGACCAGUGUCCAGACGGCUUAACGUGGAUGAAAUGCGUGCAAUGCGAGCGUCAGUGCGACAACAUCCACCUGUCAUGCAAAAGGGGGCAUUGUUCCCCGGGCUGCGGCUGCCCCAUUGGAUUGGUCCGUGCACCUGGCGGUGGGACGUGUAUCAAAGAGGAACUGUGCCCUUGUUACCACAACGGCCGUAGCUACAACACAGGCGAACACUUUAACAUAGACUGCAAUAAAUGCGUUUGUCGUCCGAACGAGAACAUCGAAUGCGAAGAUAAAACGUGUCCAGCUACCUGCCGAUCUUAUGGAGAUCCACACUAUAUAACGUACGAUGGCAAAAAAUACGAUUUCCAAGGAGAUUGUCGGUACAUUUUGACAACCGACGACUGUGGUGAACAUGGUGCACGAAGCACAUUCAAGGUGGUCGUUCAGAAUGUCCCUUGCGGAACGGGUCAGGUGACCUGCACCAAGGCCGUUGACGUCACUAUUCAUGGUGUCACCAUUUCCCUAGUGAGAGGUGCCAGACCCUCCGUUCGACCCCGUAAGAAAAAUCAGAAAGCCAAGUUCGAAAUUCUGUAUCCUGGAAUGUACGUCGUUAUCGUCACUGAGCACGGAAUCACCGUGAUGUGGGAUAGACGUACGUCCGUCUUCGUCACCGUAGACGGGAAAUUCUACCAAAGGACCUGCGGCUUGUGCGGUAAUUUUGACAGUGACAGCACGAACGACUUCAGGACGAGAGCGAACGAGGACGGUGCCACCGCCGUUGUGUUCGGCCACAGCUGGAGGAUCAGUGACGGCUGCGACAUGCCCCCGAUACCCGAGCAUCCCUGUGAGAAGUUUCCGGAGAGAAAACGGUUUGCGCAGUCCGAAUGCAGUAAACUCAAAGACCCAAUAUUUAAGGAAUGCCACCGAUUGGUCGACCCCGAACCAUUUAUUGAAGAUUGCGAGUAUGAUACAUGUGAAUGCAACCGAGGAGGUGAUUGCGAAUGCAUGUGCACUGUCCUCACCAACUACGCCAAACGCUGCGGUGAGCUGGGCGUGAUCCCGGGCAACUGGAGAUACAACCUAAGCAGAUGUGAAUUUAUGUGUAAGGACGGGAUGGAGUAUACUACAUGCGGGGAAAUCUGUGAGGGCACCUGUCAGGGGGAAGAUUUGAAGCGAACUUUCAACUGUAAGAUGAGCUGUGUGGAAGGAUGUCAUUGCAUCAAGGGCACCAAGAUGUGGAAAGAUGAGUGCGUGAAGACGCCUGUCUGCCCAUGUAUCUACGACGGCAAGGAGGUGCCACCUGGCUACACUGUCAUUGAGGACUGCCGAACUUGCACCUGCAAGGAGGGACGGAUGCAAUGCAGCGGGUCAAGUUGUACAACAGAAGAAAUUACAACAGAAGCAGAAGCAACAGAAACUACACCUCUCACCACAAAAGAGGAGUCAACAUCAGCAGUGAGCACAACAGAAUCUACGACUGAAGCAACGGAAGCAACGGCAGUGCCGACAAGCAUCGUGGAAACUACCUUGACCACUGAAACUACGACAUUCACUGAAACUACCACUCCAGUGCCAAAUUGCUUCGAAAAGUGUCACGUUGUGGAACCUAUUCAGUGUGAAGAUCAAGAGGAUGAAAACUAUGAUCAGCAGUCCCCUCCAUUCAAAACAGACAGCUUUUGUCGUCCCGAUUCCCUACAUUUGAAGACUUACCCCUGUAACUGCGAAGAAGGGUAUCUCCGAGACUACAGCGAUGACCAGAAUGAAAAAUCCCUGCAAUACCAGAUUGGCUUCGCCUGGGACACAUACAUGUGCGUGAAAAUCGAAGAUUGUCCUGAUUGUGUUCUCAAUGGUGAAACGUACGAGCGUGAAGAAGAAGUCAUAUUUGGAUGUGACCUUUGCAAAUGCCAGUCUGGAAGCAGCGAAGACAAUACAUAUGAGAUGAUCUGUAAACCCAUUCCUGGAUGUACAACAACUACAGAACAAAUUACAACAGAAGCAGAAACAACAGAAACUCCACCUCUCACCACAAAAGAAGAAAUUACAACAGAAGCAGAAGGAACAGAAACAGCACCUCUCACCACAAAAGAAGAAAUUACAACAGAAGCAGAAGGAACAGAAACAGCACCUCUCACCACAAAAGAACAAAUUACAACAGAAGCAGAAGCAACAGAAACUCCACCUCUCACCACAAAAGAACAAAUUACAACAAAAGCAGAAGCAACAGAAACUACACCUCUCACCACAAAAGAGGAGUCAACAUCAGCAGUGAGAACAACAGAAUCUACGACUGAAGCAACGGAAGCAACGGCAGUGCCAACAAGCACCGUGGAAACUACCUUGACCACUGAAACUACGACAUUCACUGAAACUACCACUCCAGUGCCAAAUUGCUUCGAAAAGUGUCACGUUGUGGAACCUAUUCAGUGUGAAGAUCAAGAGGAUGAAAACUAUGAUCAGCAGUCCCCUCCAUUCAAAACAGACAGCUUUUGUCGUCCCGAUUCCCUACAUUUGAAGACUUACCCCUGUAACUGCGAAGAAGGGUAUCUCCGAGACUACAGCGAUGACCAGAAUGAAAAAUCCCUGCAAUACCAGAUUGGCUUCGCCUGGGACACAUACAUGUGCGUGAAAAUCGAAGAUUGUCCUGAUUGUGUUCUCAAUGGUGAAACGUACGAGCGUGAAGAAGAAGUCAUAUUUGGAUGUGACCUUUGCAAAUGCCAGUCUGGAAGCAGCGAAGACAAUACAUAUGAGAUGAUCUGUAAACCCAUUCCUGGAUGUACAACAACUACAGAACAAAUUACAACAGAAACUCCACCUCUCACCACAAAAGAAGAAAUUACAACAGAAGCAGAAGGAACAGAAACAGCACCUCUCACCACAAAAGAACAAAUUACAACAGAAGCAGAAGCAACAGAAACUCCACCUCUCACCACAAAAGAGUCAACGACAGCAGUCAGCCCAACAAAGUCUACAACUGAAUCAACAACAGCGGAAACUACCACUCCAUCCUUUUGUGACGACAACUGCGUCUGUACGGUGAACUGUGAUGGUAAACUCGUGAACAAAGCCUGCCGACGUCAGGUUCCUCGCAACUGCAGGAUUUGCACUUGUCCACAAGGCACACGGAGGAGUAGGAACGAAGCGUUUUGCAAACAACCGCCAGAAGACUGUAGAACCACUCCAGCAACGCCUGAAACGGAGCAACCAACAACAGAGUCAACGACAGCAGUCAGCCCAACAAAGUCUACAACUGAAUCAACAACAGCGGAAACUACCACUCCAUCCUUUUGUGACGACAACUGCGUCUGUACGGUGAACUGUGAUGGUAAACUCGUGAACAAAGCCUGCCGACGUCAGGUUCCUCGCAACUGCAGGAUUUGCACUUGUCCAGAAGGCACACGGAGGAGUAGGAACGAAGCGUUUUGCAAACAACCGCCAGAAGACUGUAGAACCACUCCAGCAACGCCUGAAACGGAGCAACCAACAACAGAGUCAACGACAGCAGUCAGCCCAACAAAGUCUACAACUGAAUCAACAACAGCGGAAACUACCACUCCAUCCUUUUGUGACGACAACUGCGUCUGUCCGGUGAACUGUGAUGGUAAACUCCUGAACAAAGCCUGCCGACGUCAGGCUCCUCGCAACUGCAGGAUUUGCACUUGUCCACAAGGCACACGGAGGAGUAGGAACGAAGCGUUUUGCAAACAACCGCCAGAAGACUGUAGCACCACUCCAGCAACGCCUGAAACGGAGCAACCAACAACAGAGUCAACGACAGCAGUCAGCCCAACAAAAUCUACAACUGAAUCAACAACAGCGGAAACUACCACUCCAUCCUUUUGUGACGACAACUGCGUCUGUCCGGUGAACUGUGAUGGUAAACUCCUGAACAAAGCCUGCCGACGUCAGGCUCCUCGCAACUGCAGGAUUUGCACUUGUCCACAAGGCACACGGAGGAGUAGGAACGAAGCGUUUUGCAAACAACCGCCAGAAGACUGUAGCACCACUCCAGCAACGCCUGAAACGGAGCAACCAACAACAGAGUCAACAACAGCAGUCAGCCCAACAAAAUCUACAACUGAAUCAACAACAGCGGAAACUACCACUCCAUCCUUUUGUGACGACAACUGCGUCUGUCCGGUGAACUGUGAUGGUAAACUCCUGAACAAAGCCUGCCGACGUCAGGUUCCUCGCAACUGCAGGAGUUGCACUUGUCCAGAAGGCACACGGAGGAGUAGGAACGAAGCGUUUUGCAAACAACCGCCAGAAGACUGUAGCACCACUCCAGCAACGACUGAAACGGAGCAACCAACAACAGAGUCAACGACAGCAGUCAGCCCAACAGAAUCUACAACUGAAGCAACAACACCGCAAACUACCACUCCAUCCUUUUGUGACGACAACUGCGUCUGUCCGGUGAACUGUGAUGGUAAACUCCUGAACAAAGCCUGCCGACGUCAGGUUCCUCGCAACUGCAGGAGUUGCACUUGUCCAGAAGGCACACGGAGGAGUAGGAACGAAGCGUUUUGCAAACAACCGCCAGAAGACUGUAGCACCACUCCAGCAACGACUGAAACGGAGCAACCAACAACAGAGUCAACGACAGCAGUCAGCCCAACAAAAUCUACAACUGAAUCAACAACAGCGGAAACUACCACUCCAUCCUUUUGUGACGACAACUGCGUCUGUCCGGUGAACUGUGAUGGUAAACUCCUGAACAAAGCCUGCCGACGUCAGGUUCCUCGCAACUGCAGGAUUUGCACUUGUCCACAAGGCACACGGAGGAGUAGGAACGAAGCGUUUUGCAAACAACCGCCAGAAGACUGUAGCACCACUCCAGCAACGCCUGAAACGGAGCAACCAACAACAGAGUCAACGACAGCAGUCAGCCCAACAAAAUCUACAACUGAAUCAACAACAGCGGAAACUACCACUCCAUCCUUUUGUGACGACAACUGCGUCUGUCCGGUGAACUGUGAUGGUAAACUCCUGAACAAAGCCUGCCGACGUCAGGUUCCUCGCAACUGCAGGAUUUGCACUUGUCCACAAGGCACACGGAGGAGUAGGAACGAAGCGUUUUGCAAACAACCGCCAGAAGACUGUAGCACCACUCCAGCAACGCCUGAAACGGAGCAACCAACAACAGAGUCAACGACAGCAGUCAGCCCAACAAAAUCUACAACUGAAUCAACAACAGCGGAAACUACCACUCCAUCCUUUUGUGACGACAACUGCGUCUGUCCGGUGAACUGUGAUGGUAAACUCCUGAACAAAGCCUGCCGACGUCAGGUUCCUCGCAACUGCAGGAUUUGCACUUGUCCAGAAGGCACACGGAGGAGUAGGAACGAAGCGUUUUGCAAACAACCGCCAGAAGACUGUAGCACCACUCCAGCAACGACUGAAACGGAGCAACCAACAACAGAGUCAACGACAGCAGUCAGCCCAACAAAGUCUACAACUGAAUCAACAACAGCGGAAACUACCACUCCAUCCUUUUGUGACGACAACUGCGUCUGUCCGGUGAACUGUGAUGGUAAACUCCUGAACAAAGCCUGCCGACGUCAGGUUCCUCGCAACUGCAGGAGUUGCACUUGUCCACAAGGCACACGGAGGAGUAGGAACGAAGCGUUUUGCAAACAACCGCCAGAAGACUGUAGCACCACUCCAGCAACGACUGAAACGGAGCAACCAACAACAGAGUCAACGACAGCAGUCAGCCCAACAGAAUCUACAACUGAAGCAACAACACCGCAAACUACCACUCCAUCCUUUUGUGACGACAACUGCGUCUGUCCGGUGAACUGUGAUGGUAAACUCCUGAACAAAGCCUGCCGACGUCAGGUUCCUCGCAACUGCAGGAGUUGCACUUGUCCAGAAGGCACACGGAGGAGUAGGAACGAAGCGUUUUGCAAACAACCGCCAGAAGACUGUAGCACCACUCCAGCAACGACUGAAACGGAGCAACCAACAACAGAGUCAACGACAGCAGUCAGCCCAACAAAAUCUACAACUGAAUCAACAACAGCGGAAACUACCACUCCAUCCUUUUGUGACGACAACUGCGUCUGUCCGGUGAACUGUGAUGGUAAACUCCUGAACAAAGCCUGCCGACGUCAGGUUCCUCGCAACUGCAGGAUUUGCACUUGUCCACAAGGCACACGGAGGAGUAGGAACGAAGCGUUUUGCAAACAACCGCCAGAAGACUGUAGCACCACUCCAGCAACGACUGAAACGGAGCAACCAACAACAGAGUCAACGACAGCAGUCAGCCCAACAAAAUCUACAACUGAAUCAACAACAGCGGAAACUACCACUCCAUCCUUUUGUGACGACAACUGCGUCUGUCCGGUGAACUGUGAUGGUAAACUCCUGAACAAAGCCUGCCGACGUCAGGCUCCUCGCAACUGCAGGAUUUGCACUUGUCCACAAGGCACACGGAGGAGUAGGAACGAAGCGUUUUGCAAACAACCGCCAGAAGACUGUAGCACCACUCCAGCAACGACUGAAACGGAGCAACCAACAACAGAGUCAACGACAGCAGUCAGCCCAACAAAAUCUACAACUGAAUCAACAACAGCGGAAACUACCACUCCAUCCUUUUGUGACGACAACUGCGUCUGUCCGGUGAACUGUGAUGGUAAACUCGUGAACAAAGCCUGCCGACGUCAGGUUCCUCGCAACUGCAGGAUUUGCACUUGUCCACAAGGCACACGGAGGAGUAGGAACGAAGCGUUUUGCAAACAACCGCCAGAAGACUGUAGCACCACUCCAGCAACGACUGAAACGGAGCAACCAACAACAGAGUCAACGACAGCAGUCAGCCCAACAAAAUCUACAACUGAAUCAACAACAGCGGAAACUACAACUCCAUCCUUUUGUGACGACAACUGCGUCUGUCCGGUGAACUGUGAUGGUAAACUCGUGAACAAAGCCUGCCGACGUCAGGCUCCUCGCAACUGCAGGAUUUGCACUUGUCCACAAGGCACACGGAGGAGUAGGAACGAAGCGUUUUGCAAACAACCGCCAGAAGACUGUAGCACCACUCCAGCAACGCCUGAAACGGAGCAACCAACAACAGAGUCAACGACAGCAGUCAGCCCAACAAAGUCUACAACUGAAUCAACAACAGCGGAAACUACCACUCCAUCCUUUUGUGACGACAACUGCGUCUGUCCGGUGAACUGUGAUGGUAAACUCCUGAACAAAGCCUGCCGACGUCAGGUUCCUCGCAACUGCAGGAUUUGCACUUGUCCACAAGGCACACGGAGGAGUAGGAACGAAGCGUUUUGCAAACGACCGCCAGAAGACUGUAGCACCACUCCAGCAACGACUGAAACGGAGCAACCAACAACAGAGUCAACGACAGCAGUCAGCCCAACAAAAUCUACAACUGAAUCAACAACAGCGGAAACUACCACUCCAUCCUUUUGUGACGACAACUGCGUCUGUCCGGUGAACUGUGAUGGUAAACUCCUGAACAAAGCCUGCCGACGUCAGGUUCCUCGCAAAUGCAGGAGUUGCACUUGUCCAGAAGGCACACGGAGGAGUAGGAACGAAGCGUUUUGCAAACGACCGCCAGAAGACUGUAGCACCACUCCAGCAACGACUGAAACGGAGCAACCAACAACAGAGUCAACGACAGCAGUCAGCCCAACAGAAUCUACAACUGAAGCAACAACACCGCAAACUACCACUCCAUCCUUUUGUGACGACAACUGCGUCUGUCCGGUGAACUGUGAUGGUAAACUCCUGAACAAAGCCUGCCGACGUCAGGUUCCUCGCAACUGCAGGAGUUGCACUUGUCCAGAAGGCACACGGAGGAGUAGGAACGAAGCGUUUUGCAAACGACCGCCAGAAGACUGUAGCACCACUCCAGCAACGACUGAAACGGAGCAACCAACAACAGAGUCAACGACAGCAGUCAGCCCAACAGAAUCUACAACUGAAUCAACAACACCGCAAACUACCACUCCAUCCUUUUGUGACGACAACUGCGUCUGUCCGGUGAACUGUGAUGGUAAACUCCUGAACAAAGCCUGCCGACGUCUG